UUUGAGGUUAUGUGAAGUUGCUUAGAAUCCAAUUGAAUGGUUAGCUCUGGUGACUACGCCCCUGGACAGGUAACGAAGCAUCAAACACGCGACACUCAAUUGCCACUGAGCUGAACAGCAGCAACAAACUAAUCAUCGUCGUUGUCCAUUCUGGUGUCCACUGUAUUGUGGAUAAUUAACGUGUUCAAUCAGCAUGAAAACCAUGUCGAAGUCAUCCGAAAACAUACAACGACAUCGACAUCGACAGGCCCACACAGCGCACAGUUCAGUGCAACUCAAUUACUCAGCGAGUACAGUACAGCGAGUACUUAAUCCCCCAAUUUUCGAAUCCAUCUAUCCGCCAAUUAAUCGCCAUGAUCGGAGCGAGUCGAGCAGUACGAGCAUUUAUGCUAUUUAUCAUUUUGAGUGGCAUUUUUGCGCCUGGCAGCGCACAAAAUCUGUUGGAUCGCCUGCGUCCGCCAGCCGCCAAUUUGACGCGUCAAUCGGAUGACGUUAAAGUUGUUUCCGGCACAAAAGUGAAACGCUACGAACGUCUUACGGUGCCCCUAGGUGGCGUGGGUCCGAUUCUUGGCGGCAUUGGGGCAGCAGGAUUACUUAGUCCACUACUGCAACCGCAGCCAGCUUAUCUGGGUUAUCCCUAUCUACCUCAAUGGCAGGCGGCUGCCAGACUUACAGGAGAAGGCGAAGCUGCUGCAGCUGCGGGCAUAAUCUCUUUCCAGCAGUUGCCUUACAACAGUGACAUCAAGGUGUCCAUCAAUGCUACCGGGUUGCCAGCUGGAAAACAUGCACUUCACAUCCACACUUAUGGCGACAUUAGCGAUGGCUGCAAAUCAACCGGUGGACAAUUCCCCAACAACUUUUUGGGCAAUCUGGAGGUGAGGGACGAUGGCAGUGUAUCCGCAGUCUUUAUGAGCAUCUAUCUGCAACUCUUUGGCUUCAAUGGCAUCAUUGGACGCUCCAUAGUUAUUCAUAGUAAGCCUAUCGAUCUGAAUACAGCACUCAAUGCGGAAGUCUUCUCCUCCUCCUUGACUGUACCCAAUGCCUUGGCCUAUCAGAAUGAGGAGAUGUCGGUGGGUGCGCCGAUUGCCUGUGGUGUCAUUAGUCUCAUGAGCACUGCCAUGACAACUACAACUCCUGCCACUUCUCCACCAGCUCCACCUGCGGCGGAAACUGAGAAGUAAUUUCGUCUCUGUAAGCAAACAUUAUGUCCAGCAUUUACUUUUAACUCCAUUGAACUACAAUUUGUAUAGCAAUCAUAUAAUAAUAAAAAUAUUCC